CGAUUCCCUUUGGGGCGGGUAAGGUUCAAAUAAAAAUUACCCGUCCCUAAUCCGGCGCCCUAGCUAUAAGCUAAUCUUCUAUCCGCGCUGCAAAGUGUCAACUUUCAGAUGCACUCGUGUUCUGAAGAAGCUUUCAGGGGAAGUUCGUGAACCCGCCGUGACAAACUUCUCCACGAGGAACCUGUUCCUUGAUUCGUUUGACAGUUUCUAGCCGCAUGUGUCUUUUUGGAUGUCUAUAAGUCAUGGGAUAUCUGGGAAAAUGGAAUCUUGUAUAUCAACACGGCAAACAUCUGAGAAGUUCUUACUACCUUAACUGCUCUCUUUCUCCAACUUCAGUAUCUGUACCAUUUAUUGGGAGCUACAAAUUUCAAGGUACCUUGAUCAGAAGGCAUCAGCCACAUACUUUCAAAUCAACUAAUCUUGGUUAUGGAAAGACAAAAACAAGAUUGAAUAGAAGGCCAGAUACAUGUUUCGCUUGUAGUCAGUUGAGGUUGUAUAGCUCAGAAGGUGAUGGAAGAAAUGCAAGUGAGGAUAAACAUCCUAGCACCAUAGAACAUCCUAGCACUGACAAAGGGAAGAUUAUUAAACAAAAAGUUGCCGAACAGGAGAGAUUUUGUGAUGCACAUGCUGAACUUGGUGAACUAGAGCAAAGGGAGUGGCUCAACAACGAAAAGCUGUCAAUUGAGAGCAAGAAGAAGGAGUCACCCUUUCUAACUAGAAGAGAGAGAUUUAAAAAUGAGUUUUUGAGACGAAUUGUCCCAUGGGAGAAGAUAGUUCUAUCAUGGGACACAUUUCCUUAUUAUAUCGCUAAACAUUCUAAAAGCAUCCUGGUGGAAUGUGCUGCCUCACAUCUAAAGCAUAAAAAGCUUACUACGGAUUAUGGUCGCCAUUUAAAUGCAUCAAGUGGGAGAAUUAUGCUUCAGAGCAUUCCAGGCGCUCAACUUUAUCGAGAAAGAAUAGUCAGAGCAGUUGCAAAAGACUUGAAAGUUCCGCUUUUAGUUCUUGAUAACAGCAUUCUAGCUUCCUAUAAUUUCACUGAAGAUUGCUCUUCAGAAAGUGGAUCUGACGAGGAUGCAGAAUCUGCUGAAGAAUAUACUUCAGAGUCUGAAGCUGAAGAUGUUAUUGAUGAUGCAGCUAAUGAUGAGGAAUGGGCAAACAACGGAGAGACAAAGUCUGAAACUAGUGAUGAUGAAGGGGAUGCCCGCAAAUCUGUUGAAGCUUUGAAGAAACUUGUCCCAUACGAUCUUGAGAGCUUUGAGAAGCAAGUAUCUAGCAAAAGUGAAGAUUCCUUUGAAUCCACAUCAUCCAAUGCUGCCGAUUCUUCAGAAGUUACCAACCGACCAUUUAGAAAAGGUGAUCCAGUUAAAUAUGUGGGACCUUCUCUAACCAUUGAAGCUGAUAAUAGGAUUGUACUGGGGGAGAUAGCUACUUGUGAUGGCCCCAAAAAUGUUUACACUGUAAUUCGUGGCAGAACAUUAUCUCGUGGUCAGCGAGGAGAGGUGUAUGAGUUGGGCGGUGACCAAGUUGCAGUUAUUCUUGAUAUUAUUGAAGAAGAAAAGGAUAGAGAGAAGGAUGAAAAACUCAUGGCCAUGGCAGAAGAUGCCAAACCAUCAAUAUACUGGAUUCCAGCCAAAGAUAUUGAGCAUGACAAUGACGUUCAGGCUGAAGAGAUUUACAUUGCUAUGGAGGCGCUCUGUGAGGUCCUAAAGUCUGUGCAGCCACUUAUUGCCUACUUUCCAGAUUCUUCUCUGUGGUUUUCUAAAACUGUGUCCAAACCAAACCGAAAAGAAUUUUUCCAAAAGGUGCAAGAAAUGUUUGAUCAGAUACAUGGACCAGUUGUUUUGAUUUGUGGCAAAAACAAGAUUGAGAAUGCAUCAAAAGAAAAAGAAAAAUGUACAGUGAUACUUCCGAAUCUGAGGCGUCUUGCUAAGCUGCCUCUUCAUUUAAAGCAGUUUGCUGAGGGAAUAACUGCCUCAAAACGGUCGGUAGAUGAUGACAUCCAUAAACUGUUUGAUAAUGCUAUGUAUCUUCCUCCCCCUAAGGAUGAAGAUAUCCUUGGAACAUUCAAUAAGCAAAUUGAAGAAGAUGGGAGAUUUGUGAUAUCUCGGAGCAACUUAAGUGAGUUACAAAAGGUUCUUGAGGAACAUGAUCUAAAUUGCUUGGACUUGUUGCUUGUCAAUUCUGAUGGUGUGAUACUCACAAAACAGAAAGCAGAGAAAGUUGUGGGCUGGGCCAAAAAUCAUUAUUUGUCAUCGUGCAUAGAACCAUCUAUAAAAGGAGACAGAUUGUACUUGCCCCGUGAAAGCCUUGAAGUUGCAAUUUUGAGAUUAAAAGAACAAGAAGCAAUGUCAAAAAAGCCUUCACAUGGUCUGAAGAGUCUUGCAAAGAAUGAGUACGAGAGCAACUUUAUAUCAGCAGUUGUUCCCCCUGGUGAGAUUGGAGUGAGGUUUGAUGAUGUUGGUGCCCUUGAAGAUGUGAAAAAGGCUCUGAAUGAACUUGUCAUUCUACCUAUGCGCAGACCAGAGCUCUUCUCACAUGGAAAUCUGUUGCGGCCUUGCAAAGGGGUAUUGCUAUUUGGGCCACCAGGCACCGGGAAAACCCUUAUUGCAAAAGCACUUGCAACAGAGGCUGGGGCAAAUUUUAUGAGUGUCACUGGUUCCUCAUUAACUUCUAAGUGGUUUGGAGAUGCUGAAAAGCUAACAAAGGCACUGUUCUCUUUUGCAAGCAAACUGGCACCUGUAAUUAUCUUCAUUGAUGAGGUUGAUAGUUUGCUAGGUGCUCGUGGUGGUGCCUUUGAGCACGAGGCAACGAGAAGAAUGCGUAAUGAAUUCAUGUCUGCUUGGGAUGGCUUGAGGUCAAAAGAUAGCCAACUGAUCCUAAUUCUUGGGGCAACAAACCGUCCAUUCGACCUUGAUGAUGCUGUUAUUCGUCGUUUACCUAGACGGAUCUAUGUGGACCUUCCAGAUGCCGAAAAUCGAUUAAAAAUACUUAAAGUAAUUCUGUCUCAAGAAAAUUUGGAGGCGAACUUUUCUUUUGAGCAACUGGCAAAUGCAACUGAAGGUUAUUCAGGAAGUGAUUUGAAGAACCUCUGUAUUGCAGCAGCAUAUAGACCUGUUCAGGAACUUCUUGUGGAGGAAAUGACGGGAAGCAGAGCUGAUGGGAAUUCUAUUCUGAGGCCACUCCAUUUAGCUGACUUUUUUCAAUCAAAAACCAAGGUGGGACCUUCAGUUGCAUAUGACGCAACUAGCAUGAAUGAACUAAGAAAAUGGAACGAACAGUAUGGUGAAGGUGGGAGCAGGAGAAAGUCGCCAUUUGGCUUUUGAAUAAUGUAAGAGGAUUACGUAAAUGGUCAUUUGGAGAUGUGGACAAAGUGCUUGCUGAAAAGAUGCACAUUUUUACUCCAUUGCGUGCAAGGCAGAGAUCGCCAUGGAGACAACUCCACCUGGCUGAGAGAAUUGACAGAAGUUAGGAUGCCAUAGUAUGCUCACUUCAACUCGAUCUUUUUGCUUUUUAAAGAAUUUCAUUUUGGUCUUUAUAGAAUCUUCCUUGUCCUCACUAACAUUCUUUUUAUUAAAACAGUUCUGUAGUAAUAAUUAUUUUUCCUAGCAGUGGUGGGAUUUUGCACCAAGUUGUUGUAUCCAGUGGGUACUAACAAAUACGACCUGCAGCGAUAGAUUCUCUCCACAGCUCAUAGGGUAUUUAAAUUACAUUAGAAAAUGUGCAUUUUUUUGUUAGAAUAAGUUUUCAAUUUGUAAAAUGUUGUUUUAUUGUCAAGUAAUUUUGAUAAAUAUUUAAGUAUAUUUAUUAUUUGGUCCAACUUGGUGUACUAUAAAUGAUUUUGCACUUAUUAUGAUGCAUCUUGUUAGCAGUAGAAUUAUCGAUUGCCCCC